AUGAGAAACCCAAAAUCUGAACUAGAUUUGUUAAAACAAGAGAAUACCAGGCUUAUGACUAGAAUUGCAGAAUUGGAGCAGAUCGCAAAAGAAAAAAAUGAGCUUGAAGUUAGAAUUGUGGAAUUAGAGCGAUCUGCAACAGAAAACAUUGAGCUGAGAUCCAGAGUUAUGAAAUUGGAACAAAUG